AUGGGAUCAGCAAAGAUCCUCGUGGUGGGGAGUGUUCAAGGGAAGCUGAGAAAGGCCUUUGAGAAGGUUUCAAAGUUGCAGGCCAAGCAGAACUUCAAUCUUGCCAUUGUCGUCGGCGACUUAUUCGCGGCUCCUGGUGAUGGGCAUGACGCCGACGAAAUCCAGGCUCUCAUAUCAGGUCAGAUCGAUGUUGCCCUACCGACAUAUUUCACAGUGGGCAACUCAGACUUCCCAGAGGCUGUAAAGCAAAAGCUAGAAGCUGACGAUGAUUUGUGUCCGAAUCUGUUCUACCUCGGUCGCAAAGGAACCAUGACCACUGCCGAAGGAGUGAAAAUUGUAGCGCUUGGAGGUCGAAUCGUCCAGAACGAGACUGCUCUCACCACGAAGCUGGGCAAGUGCGAUCCACUGUACCUCGACCACGAUGCACGUGGCUUGCAUGGUGCGCAUUCAGCUCACAUCCUCAUCACGAAUGACUGGCCUGCAAAUAUUGCGAACGGAUCUAGCAUCGAUCUUCCCGAAAGUCUCACCGGAACUCCAGGCUCACAAUCUACCUCAUCCCUGUGUCAGGCACUGAAACCAUGGUACCACUUUUCGAGCAGCCCUGAAGCGUUAUGGGAACGUGAACCAUUCAAGCAUGCGACCGACUACGACUCACUCGAGGAGCCAGCUGUGACAAGAUUCAAGAGUCUACCGAGUGUAGCUGCACCCACCAAAGAAUGGAUGACUGCUUUCACGUUGGAUACGUCACGUCCGCCCCAAACUGUCGAGCCCCCACGCCAAUCACCUUUCAUCAGAUCGUCGCCACCACGCAAACGUCAGAACAUGGAUGACCCAGAAUCAUACAGUCGGUUUUCCAAUGGCGGGAAUGAUGGACGACAGCACAAACGUGCCCGAAGAAGUCAACAAAAAGAUCCCAGUGACUGUUUCAUGUGUCUAAACAAGCCUGGAGCCAAGACUCACUUGGUCAUAUCUUUGGCCGAGGAAAGUAUGGUCACCGCCUCCAGAGGGCCUUUACCGUUGCCAUCAACAUUUCAUCAACUGUCAUCUACUGGUCACGUCAUGAUCAUUCCUUACUAUCAUGCCGCAGAUGAAAUGGCCCAGGGCCAGAGGGCGCCCGAAGAGAUGGGCUCUGAGUUCACAGAGAUGAACAAAUUCCGCAAAGCUCUUGGUGACAUGAUCGGCUCAAAGAGUCAGGGACAGCUGGGGGCAGUUUGCUGGGAGGUCAAUCGUACUGGCAUCCGUCACCACCACUGGCAAUUGAUCGCAUGCCAGGCUGAGCUGAUCAAGAAGGGCCUGGUUGAGGCAGCGUUCAAAGUCUCUGCGGAGAAGCACGAAUAUCCAGCCUUCCAAUCUUGCGAGCCUGACAGUCAGCUUCCCGUCCGCUCAGAUUACUUCAGAGUAUGGACCUGGUCCUGCGAUCCGGUCGAGAUUGCAGAUCGCACCAACGGAAAUAGCGAUAAGGAUGUUGGCGUUACCAAGUCAAUAUUCUUCCCUUUGCCUUCAGAUCAGAAGUUCAAUAUCUGGUUCGGCAGGGAAGUCAUGGCUGGUUUGUUGAAGCUCGAGAAUAGAGUGAAUUGGAUGGAUGCGCUACUUCGCAAGGACGGCAGUGAGCAGCAGGCCGAAGAAGAGGAUGCGCAAGGUCUGGAGGAAGAUUUUGAGGAGUUUGACUUUGCCAUGAAGUGA